CAAUUUCAUAGUACUUGCAGUGGUCAGUACAUACGUAUAUUUUGUUCAGAUAUUAUUGUAACCCAUCGUAGAAAGCUUGCAAAAACAAUUGGACUUCAUGUAUUUCGUGCUGUUAUAUCUUUUUAUUAUUUUCAAUAUACAUCAAAUAUUUUGUUAUGAUCCGUUGGACAUAUUUAAAGAGAUGGGGCGUUUAACACAAACAUGCUUAGAUCUGACGUGCACAAACUUAAACGAUUUAAAAGUUGCAAAUGAACUGGAAAGCGACCACAGAAAAGAUGUGAAUUGUUUGCGAAUGUGUUUGUUCUUACAUGCUAGAGAGAACGUUCACACAUCAAAUAGUAAAGGACCGUUUAAAUUUGCAGGCAAUGAAUACUACAACAAUACUCCUCAUGACGAUGAAGUUAGUACUAGGACACUUGCCGGUGACGCCAAUACUUGAUUAAGCGGGAUAUAUUAUAAUACGUAUGGGAACAACGGUUAUAGUAAAUGAAACAAUACAAUCUUGCAUAUCAUACAGUCGUUAGACAUUAUGGAAUUAGCAAAUUAAUAUAAAAAAGACAUUAAAAACAGUAUGAUUAAGAGAAAAGAAUUUUUACUAAAUGAAAUAGAGAUUUAAGAACAUAAAAUAAAAUGAAUUCGCUCUGAGAAUUCUCAAAGAAGUAAAAGAGGACUGAUGAAUGUAGUAGGAAAAUCUUACAACUGGUUGUUUGGGAUAAUGGUGAUAACAUACCGGAAAUUUGGAGCUAUUUAGAAAUUCAACAAAAGAAUCAUAAUAUUAUUCAAAAUGUAAAUAGCAGUUCAAUGAUAAUAUAAGCUUAUUCAAAAAUAUAAUAGAAGAACAUUGAGGAAAAGUUAAGAAUAUUAUAACGUCAAUUAGCAAUCAAAAUAAAGAUAUUGUAAAGCAACUUGUGUAUAAAGAUAUGGUGAAUAAAUGAAAAUACUUAGAAGGUAAAAUUAAUGAUUAAAACAACAACAAAGUAGCAGACAAAUAUAGUUUUAUUUAGCCAGCAAUUUUAACAAAGGAAGAAAAUAAUUUUUUUAACAUCGAUUUGUAUAAAUCAUAAUUAUCCAAAAUAGGAAUGCUAUUUUAUAAAAAUCUAACAAUAGUUAUAGCCUUAAAAAUUCCAAGAAAUUAUAUUAGAACAUAUUUAAAGCUUGCCUAGAAGUAGAAACUGAAAACGAACUAAUUGUUACAAAUGAC